CAAAACAUACUAACGUGGAUGUGAAACCACCCAACACAUCUCCUAUAAUUUCUGUCACUCCACUCCAUACACCCCAACCCGAACUAACUAUUCUUCUUCUUCUCCUCUCUUUCAUUUUCUUGAAUUAUUGUAUUAUAUACGAUAAUUAUAAUAUAAAUUAUAAUAAUAGCAAAAAAUGACACAUUUCAUUGCUGCCACGUCAUCUUUAUCCCCUUCAGCUGUCUUCCCUCCUUUCAAUCGUAGAGUUGCUCAUUUGGGUAAACUGUUUCAUUGUUGUUAUUCGGCUAAGUUUCGCUGUUCUAGUUCGUUGUUUUAUGGGAGUAUUUCAAGGAGUAGAGAAUUACGUAUUGUUAGUUCUGCGCUGGACGGGAAGAAUGCGGGCAGCACGGACGUUUUUCAAGAGGAGCCUGCAAAACCUUAUUUUUCUUGGCCCGAUAGAAAGAGGCCAAGGGUGUGCAUACUUGGAGGUGGAUUCGGAGGACUAUACACCGCUUUAAGAUUGGAUUCACUAACAUGGCCUGAUGAUAAGAAACCUCAGGUAAUCCUUGUUGAUCAAUCAGAACGCUUCGUCUUUAAGCCCAUGUUAUAUGAACUUCUAUCUGGAGAAGUAGAUGCGUGGGAAAUUGCGCCACGAUUUUCAGAUUUGCUUGUAAACACUGGCGUGCGAUUUCUGAAAGAUAGGGUGAAACUCCUUAGUCCAUGUGAUCAUGCGGGAGUGAAUGGGCCUAAUGUAUCCGGCUGUGGAGGAACUGUUCAACUUGAAAGUGGGCUUACUAUUGAAUAUGAUUGGUUGGUGCUUUCCUUGGGAGCUGAACCCAAGCUUGAUAUUAUACCGGGGGCUGUUGAAUUUGCUCUACCGUUCUCGACCCUGGAUGAUGCUCUUAAAGUAAAUGAGAAGUUAACAAAGUUGGAGCGCAAAAAUUUUGGUAAGGCAAAUCCGAUUCGUGUUGUUGUGGUAGGACUUGGUUACUCUGGAGUUGAACUGGCUGCUACAGUAUCAGAAAGAUUAGAGGGUAAGGGAGUUGUUCAAGCAAUCAGUGUUGACUCUUCAAUCUUAGCAACUGCUCCUCCUGGAAACAAAGAAGCCGCUUUAAAGGUUCUCAACUCGAGGAACGUUCAACUUCUGCUAGGGUAUUUUGUGCGUCGUAUAGGAAAAGCAAGUGAUUUUAAUCUUGAGGAAUCAGAUAUUACAGCAAAUGGCAAUGAUCCUGAAAAGUUAGUCCUGGAAGUGCAGCCUACUGAGAAGGGGGCUAACACUCGUCUUCUGGAAGCCGAUUUGGUUCUGUGGACUGUUGGAAAUAAACCUUUACUUCCACAACUGGAACCAAGUGGCUGGCCUUUUGAGCUUCCUGUUACAGGUAGAGGACAAGCAGAGACAGAUGAAACUCUUCAAGUCAAGGGUCACCCACGCAUAUUUGCUGUUGGCGAUUCUUCUGCUUUAAGAGAUUCAAAAGGAAAAGUGCUUCCAGCCACCGCACAGGUAGCGUUUCAGCAGGCAGAUUUUGCUGGUUGGAACAUUUGGGCUGCCAUCAACAACCGUCCACUGUUGCCAUUUAGAUUUCAGAAUUUAGGUGAGAUGAUGGUCCUGGGGAGAAAUGAUGCUGCCAUUACACCAAGUUUCAUUGAGGGACUGACGUUGGAGGGCCCUAUCGGUCAUGCUGCUAGAAAGAUAGCCUACUUGAUCAGGUUACCAACUGAUGAGCAUCGUGUUAAAGUUGGGAUAAGCUGGCUUGCAAAAUCCGCGGUAGAUUCCAUUGCAACGGUGCAAAGUAACAUCACCAAAGUUCUUUCAGAUUCUUAAAUGGAAGCUCAAGACUAAAAGUCCUUUUUAUUAGGUUCUUGAUCAUUUUUAUACUGAAAUGAAGUUUGAGCAUCUGUUCAUAGAAUCACAGCAUAUAUAUACCCCAUUUAACACAUGAUCUUUAAGUAAAUCAAGGUAAUGGCAUCCUUUGUCUCAUCACAUCAGGAUAAUAACACAGUUCUGGUUCUUUUGGCUCUAAAA